AUGCCUCGCGCUCCCCUUCGCCGUCGACAGCUCAACCGAAAUGGCCCAGUUCCACACGGCGCCCAAAAGUUGAACAAGAGCCCGGCUAAACUGGAAUUAGAGAAGAUGUUGGCGAAUAAACCAAUCGGCCCUCGACCGAACGAUAGCGAUGACAGCGAUAGGCUCGUUGUCAAAGGCAAUGGAAGGAGAGGGAGAUAUGUUCCAAGGCAGGAGAUUUACGCUUCUGGCGCAGUGGCUGCCGGCGACAAGCCGGGGAACUAUCCUACCAGAGCGCAAAGAAGGAAAAAUCUGGCCAAAGCAACGAAGGAGAUAAUCAGGAGUGAUCAACAGGAGAUGCGAGAUGAAGAGGGAUCCGUCCCAGUCAACAAACAGCUGCACCAGCCCAAGGCCAGGUCUCCCACCAUGAAUGGAAUCUUGAAAAAUGCGACAGACACAAACCAGGUACUAGCCACAGCUAUGCCACUAGCUGCGAGGCCCUCAGUCUCUGUUCCGCGAGCCCUACAGCCGACUCCCGCAAGAGAAGAUUCCAUUAUCGGCGCGCUGAAGCCCAGACGAAGGCAGCCUAGCAUCCUGCAAAACCUGGACCAGGAUUCGUCAAGUUUUGACCUGGAGGAUGAAGAAGAAUUUCUUCCUGACGACGAGUCCACGCCGUUUGGGGUCUCUAAACUAUCGAACAAGGUCACACCUCCUGUUCCAGAGUCUCCCAUACUCCUGUCGUCAACACGGAAACGCAAAUUUGGCUCCUCCGACCCUCUCAGGCCUGUAGAGAUCGAAACCGCGCAGAAGACCAUGCGAGCGUCGAAAUCUACCCCUCAGCCCUCGUUUCCGGCGGUGACGCUCUCCAAGCUGCGUGAGUCAGGACGACAGCACAGCGAACAUGUUCGUGACGAAGAUGACAUUAUGGCCCUCCCACAAAGCAGUUCCUCACCGGCACCCUCUCCCGUAAAGGAGAAAAGCCCGGCACCCAUAAAAUCAACGAAGCAUCCUGGGAAGCUAGCACCUCUCAUGACGACGAAGGAGCUCCAAACUCACAUGAUGCCAACCAAGAGGCGAAGGACCGAGCGGGUGCGAAAACAAAGGCGCGACACCUUUGAUAUUCCAGCCGAUUUCGACCUGUCGGAAUCCGAAAUCUCCGAAGACGUGUCAAGUUUCCUCCCCUCAAAGAAGGAAAAGAAAACCCGUCGGAAUGGACCUUUGAAAAAGGCAGGCGGCACGCGGACCAAGGCGAAAUCUGGGAAAGCUGAAAAGCAGGACUAUGUUGCUCCGUCAUCAAAAGCAAGGUCAAAGUCAAAACCAAGUACGAACCACCUUACCACUACUACCAUUCCGCCCAUAUUGAGGCCAUCUACCUCGAACCGCGAAACUAAGUCUCCGUCACAGCAUUCUACAAAUAUGUCGUCGAAUAUCAACACAGGAUCCCAGGCAGGACCGUCCAAGCCGUAUGGUGGCUCCCCCCACGAAGGUCAAGGUACAGUUUACUCGCAAGACAAGGAAAACCGGCACUUUUAUCAAAGCGAUCCCAGCCCCCAGCGAGCUGAGGACGCGUGGCUCUUGGACGGGACGGGAGAAGAGGUUGCCGGAGGUGGGAGAAAUGUACACAGCAAGUGGGCUGAAAUAGAUGCUUGGGAUAUGGAUUUUGAGGAUGUGGAAGUUAUGACUGGGGAAAGUAGCUCACCUACACGUUGGUGA